AUGGCAGGACAACAAGCAAACGACGACGUUUUAUAUGAAGUUAAGGGGAGAGUAGCUAUCAUUACUUUAAAUAUUCCUGAAAAAUUAAAUGCUCUUAAUGGUGAACAAUAUCUUAAAUUAGGUAAAUUAAUGGAAAGAGCAAAUGAAGAAGAAGAUACGGUUGCCACUAUAAUUCAAGCCACUGGAAGAUUCUUUUCUGCUGGUGCAAAUUUUGCUGAUAGAAAGAUGCAAGAAGUUAACACGGAAGAAGUUUUCAGUCAUGAAUAUUGGUUAAAUAGAUUUGUUGCUCGUAAUACUUGGUUAACCAAUGUAUUCAAUGAUCAUAAGAAGAUCUUGGUUGCUGCUGUAAAUGGACCAGUCAUUGGGUUAUCUUCUGCAUUAUUAUUAUUAUGUGAUUUAGUUUAUGUUCAUAAUGUUGAAAAAUUCUUCCUUUUAGCUCCAUUUGCAAAUUUAGGAUUAGUCGCAGAAGGUGCAUCUUCAGCAAGUUUAUUUAUGAGAUUAGGUUGGUCCAAAGCUUCAGAAGCUCUUUUGUUAGCUAAACCAAUCUCGGGUGAAGAUUGUUUAAAUGCUGGAUUCAUUAAUAAACAUUACAAUGGGAAAUUUGGUACUAAUACUGCUCAAUUUAAUCAACAAGUUUAUGAUGACGUCACUACUGCAUUUGAAAAUUUACAUGAAGAUUCAAUUUAUCAAAAUAAGAAAUUAUUGAAAUUAUGUAGAGAUCAAUAUAUUAAUCAUGCUAAUUCUCAAGAAGUUAUUAUGGGAUUAAAUAAAUGGCUUCAAGGUGUUCCUCAAACAAGAUUUGCACAAUUAUCUCAAAAGGAAAUUAAACAUAAACUUUAG